GAGAAGUGAAGUGAGAAGAAAACACAACAUUCGACAUUCAACAUUUCUGUCAAGUUUCGUAGGAGUGGUUACACGUUAAUUUUUCAAUUUUUCUACAACCUUACGAGGUUAUGAAAUCAGGAUUUGGAAGGCCUAAUGGGCCAUAAUAGAAUUUCACCCGUUCAAGAGCAAAUCAGUCAGAUAAAAAAUAUGGGCACUCCCGUUUCAAUGAGGUUACGACGGCUGGGCGUCCUGGUUUGGAAGAACAGUGUUCUUGUUCGCAAGAGGCACUGGUUUCUUACUCUGUUGGAGACCCUGUUGCCGCUGAUACUUUUCGCCAUCGUUGCCUUCAUCAGGGCCAACUCUGCAUCCCUGGGUACCAAGCAAGUUGACAGCACCACCUGGUUCCAUGAAUACAGUCAGCUUGAUUUGCGAAGAGAUUUUCGAGACAAGCACAUCUUGUUUGCGCCUGAAAACAACUUCACCAAGAGACUGAUGGAAAGGGCCAAAAUAUUUGGAGACAUUCCUGACGUGGAAGGUAUGAAGUCAGAAGUUGCCAUGCUGGUCAGACUGAGCGCCUUAGCGAAUGAAACUCGUCGACGCUACCACGGAAGCAGUGUUGACUGCAUUGUUUUUCAAGGCAAGGCUACAGAAUCUCUUGGCAGCAAAGUGCCCAAAAAGUUAGAGUACAAGAUCCGAGUGAAAGAAAAUUUUAAAACGGAGCACCUUUUCAAUACCAUCUCCGUUGGACCGGACAUUUAUCGAUCUUACCCUUACCAUGAAUCCGGAUUUCUCGGGCUGCAGCUGAUCAUCAACAAGGCAUUUAUUGAGCUUGCUCAAAGUUACGAGCACAGUUCAACACCUGAAGACAUCCAAGACCAAAUGUUCCUCCAAGCAAUGCCCUAUCCUCCCUACAUGGACGACAAUGGAUACGCAGCUGCUGUUAAAACUUUGCUUCCUUUCCUCUCCAUGUUCAGUUUCAUCAUUUUGUGCACCACUGUCACCAAGAGGGUGGUUGAAGAAAAACAAUCUGGGGCUAAGGAAUUGAUGAAGCUGAUGGGAAUGGAGAAAUGGGCUUUCUGGGUAGGCUGGAUGAUUGAUGCCCUGCUUGUUCGGGUUGUGACCAUCAUUCUGAUUGUUUGGCUCUUGGUCACGGCUUUUGACGAAGCUUCAGGCGCUGUCUUAAACGAAUCAAGUCCCACUUUGCUGUUUGUUCUUCUGAUGAUGUACUGCGCCAGCUCCGUGACUUUACUCUUUGCUAUCAGCACCUUCUUCUCAAGACCUGUCAUUGCAAUGACCGUCAGCUUUGUCAUUUGGUUUGCAAGCCUCGUCAUCCCUAUGCAAUAUGUAGAGGAGAAAAAUCCAGGGUUUUACACAAAAAUGCUCUUUAACAUUUUCCCCAACAUGGGCUUGAUGUUCACAUUUGAUUCUGUGUUGAAUCAUGAAAAGAGAGGGGUUGGUGCUCAGUGGAGCAAUUUGUUUGGGUCUGGCAGUGGUUCACCGAGAGACCUCUCCUUGUUCAACGUUAUGAUCAUGUUCGUGGUGGACAUCAUUCUCUACUCAUUAAUCACUUGGUAUGUGAGCGAAGUGCACCCUGGAGAGUUUGGGUACAAGCAGUCAUACCUCUUUUUUGCUUCAAAAUCAUACUGGUGUGGAGAAAAAGAAAAGUCCCAACAGAUGUCGCAGAGUCUUUUGCCCAUUGAAGCACCCGAUGAGAUAAACCAAGACAACUAUGAGCGCCCUUUGACAGUAAAAAAUGACGACAAGAGUGUUGGAAUCAUCAUUCGCAAUUUGAAGAAGACUUACCCUGGGCAGAUUGGUCGCCCGCCUGUCCAAGCAGUUCGAGGCGUCUCCCUAGACAUCUACAAAGGAGAAAUCACUGCUCUCCUCGGCCACAAUGGUGCUGGCAAAACAACCACCAUGUCUAUUUUAACAGGAAUGAUUGCUCCGUCAAGUGGCUCGGUUCAAAUCCUGGGACACGAUCUGAAGAAAGAGCUUUCGGACAUUCGUCAGUCCUUAGGACUUUGCCCACAGCACAACUUGCUCUUUGGAGAACUUACUGUUCAUCAGCACCUCGUUUUCUUUGCAAUGUUAAAGGGGAGCUCUAGGAAAGAUGCCACAAAUGAAGCCGAAGAGCUUUUGCAAACUGUAAGAUUGGCUGAUAAAAAGUUAAGCUACGUCAGUGAGUUGUCAGGUGGCAUGAAAAGGAAACUUUCAUUGGCUAUAGCAUUGAUUGGAGGAUCUAAAGUUGUGAUGUUGGAUGAGCCAACAUCAGGUCUCGAUCCCGAAGCAAGAAGAGAAAUUUGGGACUUGCUGCUGCAACUGAGAAAGGAAAGAACUAUCUUGCUUAGCACUCACUUCAUGGAAGAGGCAGAUGUUUUGGGAGACACAAUUGCCAUCAUGUCUCAUGGAAAAGUGGAAUGCUGUGGCUCUGCAAUUUACCUGAAACGACUUUAUGGUGCUGGCUAUCAUUUGCACAUUCUCAAGAAAAACAACUGCAAGGAAGAUGAGCUGGUGAAAACUGUCCAAGAGGCUUUGCCUGAAGCUACAGUGGAGCGAUCAUCACAAGACGAAGUGGACAAACCAAAUCGAGUGGCUAAGGCUGGGCCUGUCACUUUCACCCUGCCAGCUAACAAAGUUGAGAAAUUUGCAAUUCUCUUUGAUGCACUUGAAAAGUCUAAAAAGGAUCUGGGAAUUGCAAGCAUGGGAGUUUCGGUCACAACGUUGGAUGAAGUUUUUCUAAAGGUUGGAGAGUUAUCUGCAAAAAAGUAUGCCAGUGAAAACAACGACUACACAGACAAGGUUGAUGCACAAGAGACGCCAACCCAUAGUACUCAAAACUUGCAGAAAACAAAAGCGUCCGGAUGUAGUUUGUUCGCAGAACAGAUGCGAGCUUUAUUAGAGAAGAAAUUCAUUGUCACUAAGAGACAACGGCUCUUCUUGCUUCUACAAUUUUUGCUUCCCACACUGAUGACCUUGGCUGCUGUUUGGUCAACCUAUGCAGCCCUUUCAGUUGAUGUUGAUUCUGAACCAUCGUUUCCAAUCAACUUAAGUCAAUAUGGAUCAAGAUAUAAUCUCCGUGCCUUAUACUCGGCAGGGAGCUCAGAAAAAGCUAGAAAUUCGGCAAAGAUUUUCUCGUCGCUUGUCCGGAAUGAAGCUGAACCUGAGGAGGUUGUUGAUAACAUCAUGAACCGCCUUAUUCAAACUGGAACCGAGAACCUUGCUAACUUUCGCUCCAAUUACAUCGUUGCUGCCAGAUUCAAUGACACUACCGCAGGUCCAUUGAAUGUAGUUGGUCUCCAUUCAUAUGACGCCUAUCAUUCAGCAGCAAUAUCGAUGAACCUAAUCUCCAAUGCUCUGCUGAAAUAUCAUGCAUCUUAUGCAUAUGAAAUUGCAACCUGGAACCAUCCUCUCCCUACUAAUACAGAGGGUGACCACAUAAACAAAUACAUAGCAAUGUCAGCAGCAGUUGGAAUUAUAUGGCUCUCUCUGGCUCAUCUGGGCUGGAUAUUUGCCACAGCAGUGAAUCUUGUGCUCCCCUUGCAAGAGAGAACCUUGGGAGCAAGGCAGCUGCAGUUCAUGGCAGGCUGCCCGCUAUAUUUGAUCUGGCUGAGCUACUUCUUGGUAGACGUGUUGGUGACCACUCUUGUGGCUGUUGUAGUUCUUGUUGUCAUCUUUCCCUUCGAUACUCAGCAUAUUUUCACAGCUGGCACAGAAGGAGGAGUAUUAUUUGUGGUAUUUUUCUUGUACGGAAUUUCGGGCACCUUGUUUGCCUAUUUCAUCAGUUUCUUGAAGGACAACGUUCCAGCAGCUUUUGGAUUCAUCAUAUUCAUCACCGUUUUCUUUGGUGGAAUUAUAAACAUAAUCAUCUACACUUUGGAACUCUUCCCAAAUUGGGAAAAUUGGGGCACUGCAUCCAGAAUAAUUGCUGGUCUUUUGAUGCCUCAUUCAGCACUCAUUUCAAGUCUGACUCACUUCUCUGGAACUGCGGUUUACAACUCGAUGUGCAGGACGAUUCCACCAUCAGUCAAAGAAGUCGUUUGCAGCCAGAGAGAAAACCAACUUGCUAUGUGUUGCGAGAAUAUUUGCAAACCUCUGGGUGUGUGUUUUGAGAAGAAACCCUACUUUUGGUCAUCAUCUGAUAAAAAGGAGGACGAUUGGACAAACAAUCACGGAGCUAUUGGCCAAGAGCUGAUCUACUUUGCAGUUGGCUCUGUUUUUUGGGUCUGUGUUGUUUUGUUGCUGGAUUCUGGGUUACUGGGCAGGAUUUCGGAGCGCGUUCUCAGCUUUUUAGAUCAGAAACUACAUCCAAGGGAUGAAAUAGACAGUCCUGGUCAAGACGAAGACGUAGCUGAGGAGAUGAAAGAAGCUGAGAAAUGCCUCUGUAACAAUGGCAUGGAAAAUAUUGAGCAGAAUGUUGGAGAUGUUACCGACAGUGGUGACUCAACAUGUUACAAGCAGCAGAAACCCAUCCUGGCAGUUUCAAGCUUGCGAAAGCAAUACGGAGUGCCUGUGCGAAAGGGUCGUUUUCCUGCAGUGCGCAGUGUCAGUUUUAGAGUGGAUAGAGGUGAAUGCUUUGGACUGUUGGGUGUAAACGGAGCUGGAAAAUCCACUACAUUCCGAAUGUUGACUGGAUCUGCUCCUCCGACUGAGGGGGACGCCUUGCUCGGUGGCAGUCGCUUGAAAAUGAACCGACGGAAUUUCUUGAGUGGCUUAGGUUACUGCCCUCAGUUCGACGCCCAUCUGGGCAUGAUGACAGGAAGGGAAACUCUGCAGCUCUAUGCUCGAUUGAGAGGAGUGCCUCAAGGUCGAGUUGAUUCAGAUGUCCAGGGAUGGUUGGAGGCCCUAGGCUUGAAUGAAUACGCCAACCGUCCGACCGCUUCUUACAGCGGAGGAAACCAACGCAAACUGAGUGCAGCUGUUGCAUUGAUUGGAGAGCCUCCAGUUGCUUUGCUGGACGAGCCAACAAGUGGGGUUGAUCCCAUUGCGAGACGGCAGCUGUGGCAGGUUUUGGAUUCGUGCCAAAAAGCUGGCCAAUCAAUUGUUUUCACAUCACAUAGCAUGGACGAGUGCGAAGCACUUUGCUCUCGACUUGGGAUCAUGGUAGCAGGAAAACUGGUGUGUGUGGGUCCAAUCGGCCGGCUGAAGGACAAGUACGGCCAGGGUUACACUUUGAUGGUCAAACUGAAAAGUUUGUCCUGGGAGAGUGAUCCAAUAGUGAGAGAGGAGGCUGGGAAGCAGCUGUCCGAUCUAAAAGAUGAUCUGGAGAACAAAUUCAGACCUUGCGAUUUAGUUGAUGAACACCAGGGCUUGCUACACUACCAAAUAAAGGAGAAUGGUCGCAAGUGGAGUGAACUGUUCAACAACAUGGAAACUUUGAAAAAGUCACAUUCUAUUCUUGAAGACUACACCCUGAGUGAAACUACCUUGGAGCAAGUGUUUCUCUCAUUUGCCCAGCACGGAGACCAAGCGAAGCUUGUCUCGCGUUCACGAAGUGAAUCUAUCGAGACAACCCAUGUUUAAAAUCUCAUACACUUAAAAAACCCACAUACAUACACAUUGUGCACAGCUUCCUAAUCCUAAGUGCCUUGACAAGGUCACUCUUAAUCUUUAAAUUAGCAUUUUAGUAAUUUAUUAAUAAGCGCAACAAGAGCAUUCUGAUUUAAAUAUUUGGUAACAGCUUGUAAACUGAACCCGAGGAUAUUAUCCCUUCAACCUUCGACUGAGAUGAAGGUAGAGUUGAAGGGUAGAAUUUAUUAUUUAGAUUAUACUUUUGAUAAAAUUGUGCAUAUUUGAAAUUGGUAACAAAUUCUACCAAAAUAAAAAUGUACUUGUUUUGCACGUCUGCCCUAAAAAUCUCAUCUUUUAAUGUAUCCAAAUUUUGCUAUUCGAUUCAACUGAUGUUUUUUUAUGAAAAUAAAUAACUUGCAAGAGA